AUGUCCACUAUCAACCCAUCCUUUCAGGAAGCCAUCAAGGUCACCCCGCAAGGCCACAACAAAUACAGCGCCUUCCUCCGGCCAGAAUGGUGCAUUGGAAUCGUCCCACACGGCGGCUACACAACGGCCGUAAUCUACCAACUAGCGCUAACGCACUUCGCGCACGCCCACCCAACGCAAUACAAAAGCGCCGCGUCGCCAAUCUCAAUCCAACUCUCCUUCCUGCGGCGCACAGCCUCAGGCCCCGCAACCUUCGAAGUUGAAGACGUCAAGAUAGGCGCGCGCACCAGCACAAUCCACAUAAAGCUACUACAGCCCUCGGAGAAAAAGCCCGGCCAGCUGGACACCAUGGUCGCCGGCUAUAUCACUGUCAGUCCGCCGGAGGCCGAGGUCGGAAUUAGCGCGAGCACAGGGUGGAAACCGUACCCUGCUCCGGUGGCAGGCUCGCGGGCGGACGGGUCCGUUGAUCUAGCAGCGCUGGGCCGCACAGGCACUGACGGCGUUUGGACGAAGCUCGAGACGCCUUUUUCGGAUUUCCGUAAGGCUGCGGCGCAGAUCGAGCUGUUUGGGCCUGGUGCUGGCGCGACGCAACAGAAGCGCUCGGGGAAUAUGGGUAUUGAUCAGUGGGCGAGGUUCCGGCCUGGGGGUGAUGUGAAUGGCCGCUGGACGGAGGCUGCGGUGGCAUAUCUGAUUGAUAUGUUUCCUAUGGUGUUGGAUGGAUUUGAUACUAUGUCUGCUACUGCUGUGGCGGAGGAGAGUGGGACUUCGGUUGAUGAAGAGAAAGCGAAGUUUUGGUAUCCCACUGUUACGCUCAAUGUGGAUAUGAAGAAGCAUCUUCCUGCUGAGGGGGUAGAGUGGCUUUAUAGUCGGGUUGUUACUAAAGUUGUUAGGGAUGGGCGGACAGAUAUAGAUGUUACGGUUCUUGAUGAGGACGGAGAGGUUAUUGCGCUAAGUUCGCAAGUUGGGUUGGUUGUUAGUGCUAGUCGGAACCUUGGGACUAGGAAGAUGGAGAAGUUGUAG